GUCUCCGUCUCAAUCCCCAAUUCCCCAUCACCCUUAUUAAUGAUCCAGGAUCCAGGUUUUAGCCGAUCAAUUUGCUCCAAUCUCACAAUUUCUCCGCCUUCUCGUCCUCCUCGCCGAACCACCCCCAUCGACCCACACAACCAGCGAACCGGAAGGAUUUCACUCAGCUGAGUUUCCUGCCUCCAUCCCCACGGCGAUGGCGGAGGAGGCGAAGAAUCUGGAGACGGCCCGGGCCGACCGCUCCGUGUGGCUCAUGAAGUGCCCGACCGUCGUCUCCCGCGCCUGGCAGGAGGCCGCCACCGCCGCCGCCUCCUCCUCCUCCUCCUCGGACGCCGCCGCUGGCGCCAACUCCAACUCCAACGCGAACCCUAACCCCGUCGUCGCCAAGGUCAUCGUCUCCCUCGACCCGCUCCGCUCCGAAGAUCAGCAGCUCCAGUUCAAGAUGGAGAUGGCUCAAACAGGCAAUGGCAAUACACCAAAGAGUUACUCCUUGAACAUGUUCAAGGAUUUUGUGCCAAUGUGUGUCUUUUCUGAAUCCAACCAAGGGAAGCUUUCAUGCGAAGGGAAAGUCGGGCACAAAUUUGACAUGGAACCGCACAGCGAUAAUCUUGUGAACUAUGGGAAGUUAUGUCGUGAGAGGACUCAAAAAUCUAUGAUUAAAAAUAGAAAAUUGAUGGUACUUGCGAAUGACAAUGGAAUGAGCAUGAGGCCGUUGCCUGGCUUGGUGGGUCUGAUGUCUUCUGGUCCAAAAAAGGAGAAGAAGCCACUACCAGUAAAACCAUCAGACAUGAAAAGAACGAGAAGGGAUCGCAGGGAACUGGAAAAUAUCUUAUUCAAGCUUUUUGAGAGGCAGCCGAAUUGGUCUCUUAAGAAUCUCAUGCAAGAAACUGAUCAACCAGAGCAAUUCUUGAAGGAGAUAUUGAAUGAUCUGUGUUUCUACAACAAAAGGGGUCCAAAUCAAGGGACGCAUGAACUUAAGCCUGAAUACAAGAAAUCUACAGAGGACGCUGAUGCUACUGCUACUUAGAAGUCUUAUGCUUCGGUCUACUAGAUAGGAGUCCUCGUCCAGUGUGGACUCCAAUCCGUUACUUGCUGCGUUCAAGGAAAUCUUGGAUACUUCGUUUAUAGUUUGUUUCUUGAGAAACAUAUUUUGUACGCAUCAAGCGAUACAUCUUUUGGUGUUACUGGCGGCCAUAUCUUAGACCCAGAUUUCGGGGACUCGAUAUAUUCGUGUCCAUCAGAGUUUAGAAACAAGGAUGUUGAAAUUUGUGUGUAUAAUGUAUUUUAGCUCUUCUAGGCAAACUAACAUGAUGAUUUUCAUGAUCAUUAAACACCUUGACCUACUCUUCCCUGCA